CCAUCUGCACUCACCAUCCACAUUCACCAGGACGCCGUGGAGCUGUUGUGCUGGAGCCCAACAGGAGGGCUCCUGUUCACUGGAGGUCCCCGGUGUGCCAGCGCGCGCGUGUGGCGCCUACAGGAGCAGCAGCGCCUCGGCGACGAGGCUGCAGCAGCGCCUUCCUCCCCUGCAGAGCUGCAGCGCGCCUGGAGCCCUGUACACAACCUGGGCCUCGACGCUGCGCCUGUCACGGCCGCCGCCUGGUCCGGCAUUGUUUGUAAUGAGGGAGGGGCGCUGCGACACAUGCUCGUGCUGGGGCACAAGGACGGGACGGUGUCUGUACACCGCCUGCUGGAGGCCGCCGGCCGCCGCUACUGUGGCAAUGACCAUCGUAAUCUACGAGAUGCCUUCCUUCAUGAAGAGGAUUGUGAAAGCCUGGGGCCAUUCAGGCCUCUCUCCCCACUACGGGCGUCUUCCUCAAACCUGGGGCUCGACGACACCACGAAUUUCAGCCGCGAUGAUCCCAAUUUCAGCCCCUCCAACAACCCCUACCGGGGUUGUUGGCUUGCUCCUACCCCUACCGUUAGAAGCAAGCGAGGUGUGCUGGAGAGCUGGAGAACAGACCGCAGCUGCAGUGAUGACGACAGCCCUCAGGUGCUGCUGCGCUUCAAAGGACAUCAAUCGCCCGUCACCUCCCUCACCAUCAGCAACAAUGGCCUCUUGCUCGCUACAGGUUCAAAUCGCAGCCAGAACGGCCUGGUGAACGUAUGGUCGUUACAUGACGGGUCACUACUUCAAACAACCAUAGGCGGUGGUGGUGGCGUUACAGGUCUUACUUGGGCAGACGGACACGGUCUUGUUAUUUGCCAAAACAACUCACAGAAAGUCCUGCUACUGCGCAUGACUUACACUGAGUAUGAAAGCUUGAGGGUGAUUGCGUGGAGCAGACACCUGCUGCAGACAUGGGGUCUAACUGGGAUGCAGCACGCUCCUGCAUUCAAGAAACUUUGUGCCUUCCUGCCUCACCUCCUGCACCAGCAGUACAGCAUUGAAAAACCUGCCAUUUCUUCAGGAGACCAGCUGGUGCACAGCGUGUUCCUACAACAGCUGGUGUCGCUGGCGCUGCUGCUACAGCUGGACCAUCUCGUCUGCUACGCCGUCACUCCCAUACACAGCUCCUCGCAACAGCUUUUGUCGGAAUGGGCGUGGCUGGAGACGGUGUGCGCAUGCGUACGUCAGGCACAUGCUCUCAGUGAGCGCAGGGCUGUGGCCUCUUGUUCUCAGCCCAGAGAGUGUGAGUCUCCAAGCGACGUGAACUGGAGUCUGGAGCAAGACGAAGCCCUCAUGAGCUGGUGGACAGCAGCUCCAUCUGACUUCCAAGUGGGCAGCGAAGGAGGCAGCGUCUUCAUGUGGGGAGGAGGCCGUUAUGGUCAACUGGCCGAGGCAGGCCGACACAGCCCCGUGCCCGUGUUGGUGGAGAGUCUGAGCUGCAGUGCUAGCGCUGUAGUGUGUGGUCAGAACUGCACCUACGUGGUGACGACCGGUGGACUCGUGAUGGCGUGUGGUGAAGGUGGUUAUGGUCGACUCAGUCACGGUAAUAACGUCUACUCACCGUCACUCGUCACUGCUCUGCAAGGUUACGUGAUCAGGAGCGUGGUGAGCUCGUGCGGGUCAGACGGCCACAGCCUCGCCCUGGCCGAGAGCGGCGAGGUGUUCAGUUGGGGCGAUGGCGACUUUGGUAAACUUGGCCACGGAAACAGCGACCGACAACGCAAACCCAAACAAAUCGAGGCUUUAGCUGGACUUGAAGUUGUUCAGCUGGCAUGUGGCUUCAAGCACUCAGCGGUUGUCACUGCCGAUGGAGCUUUGUACACAUUCGGGGACGGUGACUACGGAUGCCUCGGCCACGGUAACACUGCCAACAAGAAGCUGCCCGAGCGCGUCCUUGCAUUAGAAGGGUGGAAAGUGGGUGGUGUGUCGUGUGGCCUCAUGCACACGGUAUGCUGGUCGGUGGACGGCAUGGUCGUCUGGAGUUUCGGUGACGGAGAUUGCGGCAAACUUGGUCUUGGUGGCUCAAACAGCAGGAAAACUCCUCAUCGAGUAGAGACGAUGUGCGGGAUGGGCAUAGCGUUAGCUUGCGCAGGCUAUCAGUUCACGGUGUUCCUUGCAAAGGACGGGCGAGUAUUUUCCUGUGGCUUGGACCGCUUGAGCGGCCAAAGUGAGCAACGGAACAGGUCCCAGCACAAGCCGCAGCAGCUUAUGGCGCUCGUGGGUCACACGAUUGUGAGCAUUGCCGUGGGAGCAGAACACACUCUUGCCCUGAGUGAUGUAGGCGAUGUUUGGGGAUGGGGUAACAACACUGAUGGACAGCUGGGUCUUGGCCACACGAUCUCAGUACGGGAACCUCAACUUAUCUGGUCGCUGUCAGGUAAAGGGGUGAGGCAAAUCAGUGCAGGCAGGAGUCACAGCUCGGCAUGGACAACUCCACCACAAGCACGGGGCAAAAGCUCUGGAUUAAAUAUCGAAGCUCCAGGCUCUGUACCAUCACAGUACCCUAGUCUCUCAGGGUUUUCUCCUUCUCAGCUGAGCUCUCGUCUUGCUUUACUACAGCACUACAACGAUCUUGUGAGUUCUUCGUGGCGUUUCCUUGGACUAGGUGCCGAUGCAAGCUUAGUCAGCGGUUUGGGAAGAGAUGUAUCAAAUGGAAGCAUGAGAGCUUUGCUCACACCCAGAGUGUACACGCUUCCGCUUGUUAGGUGCCUCUCGCGUACCAUGCAAACCGGCCGUAUCUACGGACCUCAAGUAACAGUGAAACGCUUCAGCAGCCGAGGUCAAACCGUCAAACCCAUUUUCAUCCAACUGGCUAAGCAGGUCGUCAAAUUGAAACGACAAGAUCUCCGGCUGCCAGCGCGCGCGUGGAAAGUUAAACUUGUCGGUGAAGGGGCCGAUGACGCUGGCGGAGUUUUUGAUGAAACGAUGACUGAAAUGUGUCACGAACUUGUGUCAGGAGCAGUGCCACUUCUCAUCUCGACUCCAAAUGCCGUGUCAGAAACUGGAAAUAACAGAGACAAGUUCCUCUUGAAUCCAUCUCUCAAUCAGCCUCACCAUCUUGUUUGGUUCAAGUUCCUCGGCAUUCUUUUUGGUAUUGCCAUUCGCACCAAAAAACCGCUCGCCAUUCCUCUCGCUCCUCUAAUGUGGAAGCUAAUUGCUGACAUCAGUCCCACUGCUGCAGACUUGGAAGAUAUCGACGAAGAGUACAUGCAAUCUCUUCAAGGUCUGUGCGACAUUCACCUUGCUGGCGUUACUGAGGAGACGUUCUAUGACUUCAUUCCCUUGGAAAGAUUCGAGUGUCUAAGCCUGACUGGUCGCCGAGUGCCGGUGGUCGCCGGAGGACGUGUGAUCCCGUUGACGUUCGCUAACAGACAUGAAUACGUGGCUCGUACUAUCCACUACAGACUACAUGAGAUGGACGAACAGGUCCAGUGCAUCAGGAGAGGCAUGUCAUGGAUCGUGCCUGUGCCUCUUCUCUCUUUGAUGCCCGCCGCACAUCUCGAGCAGUUGGUUUGUGGACGACCGGACAUUGAUGUUAGCGCGCUCAAGAAAGUCGUCCGCUACCGAGAAGUAUCAGAAAGCGACGUGUUAGUAUCGUGGCUGUGGUGCAUUUUGGAGUCUUUCAGUGCAGAAGAACGUGUCUUGUUUGUUCGCUUCGUGUCUGGACGCUCACGUUUGCCUGCAAAUUUAUCCGACUUGUCACAUCGGUUCCAAGUGAUGCGCGUUGACCGACCUGCGGACAGUUUGCCCACCGCUCAAACAUGCUUCUUUCAGCUCCGCCUGCCGCCCUACUCCAGCAAGGACAUCAUGAGAGAGCGACUUCUCUACGCCAUCACAAACUGCCGCACCAUUGACAUGGACAACUACAUGCUCGCUCGUAACCAAGAUGCAAUGCACCCUAGCGACGACGAUGAAGAAGAAACUUGAGAUGUGCAUGAAAUCCUUGAACGCUCAUCGUAGUAAAUAGCACAUCUGUUCAUUUAGAAACCAAAGAAAAAGUUCCCAUGGCCGAACUAAAUCAUUUAUUCAUGCGUAUAUCCGGUUGUUUGCAAUAUAAUUCUUUAGUUGUGUUGGAGCAUCUUCUAAUUCGUUCUGGUUACUCUAUAGGCUUAACGGGGCUUGCAAUAAAAUGCCCGUCACUUUGAAUUUAAAUCUCCAAAUUAUUUGAUAAUAACAAGGGUGGAUUGUCGAGAAGUUAUUUCCUGUCAUGUUCUUGUCUUGUACUUGUCAACCACUGACUUGAUCUCGUUUAGGUUGUGAAUGUAUUGAAUUAUCACUGUUUAUACUAUAUAUUAUCAUGUUUUUGGUCAAUAUUCUCCAAAUUUAUCUAUGAAGCACCUGUCGCAAUUGUUUUCACGUUUCGCCGAAUCUUUAAAUUUGAUUAUCUUUUCGUAUUUCAUAGGUGGUAAGUCCUUAUGGAUGCUAAGUGAGGUAAACACAGUUAGCAUCAAGUGAGUUAUUUCUACGGAGUUGAAAUAAAUGACCCGUAACUUUUUGAUAUUAAAGGAGUUUGUUGUUUACACGUAGUCUUAAAAGUAUAAUGUUAUUCAAAGGCAUGUAACAGUUUCCAUGCAUCUUCUUUAUCCAGUGCACUUUCGCUGGACACCCUUCAGUAUAAAGAGCGUUUAUUAAGCUAUGAUACUGAACUUUUCUCAAAGAAGCCGUUAACUUCCAACUUCCAUGAACUGUAGUAUGCGGGCUUGCAAAUUGACUUUUUUUACCUUUUGUGAAAAAAGUACUAUGGUUUGUCGUUAAAAAUUUCACUGUUUCAGGUACGCCGCAAAUUCGUUUUACAAGCUUCAUGUGAUCACUUUGUUUCAUUUCCUAUAUACUAUGUUUUGUUUGAUAGUACAUUGUUAAAUUGUACUGUAAUGUCGCAUCAACUGAUUCUCUAAUGAAUGCGAAACUGUACAAAUAAUGGAGAAACAUCAAAAAUUGCCGAGGUUCUUUAUUUCCCCGUUAAUUACGGGAUACUUUACAUAAUGAGUCACGAAUUUAAUUCGAAUAAAGGAAUGUAGCCUUAAUAAAGGAGUUAAAAUUAA